AUGGGAACAAGGAUCAAUAUAUUGGCCACAUGUGUUGAUGAUGUUUAUGAUGCUUAUGUACCUUGGAUCAGCUCCAACUUUUCACCAAUGCCAUUGACAGUGGCAAGAUUUAUGUCAAUGUUACAUGAACGAAGCAAAUGGUCUUACAGUGGGUACAUGCCAACACUUGAAGAGUACCUUGACCAUGCAUGGACUUCAUCCUCUAUUCCUACAUUACUAACACAUGCUUAUUUUCUAAGUACAAAUGCCAUAACCAACGAGGAGUUGGAAUGCAUAGAAAAGUGCGAUUACAUGAUUAAGUGGUCAUCAAUGGUUGCAAGACUUGCAGAUGAUUUGGGAACAUCAUGGGAUGAGGUAAAACAAGGUGACAUUCCUAUAUCAAUCCAAAUUUACAUGCACGAAAUUGGUGUUUCUACAGAAGAUGCCAAAGAACACAUAAACUAUUUGAUUAGUAAGGCAUGGAAAAAGAUCAAUGAAGCUUGUGUUGUGGACUCUCCCAUCAAUGACACUUUUGUUGAGAUUGUAACAAACAUGGCUAGGGUUUCCCAAUUCAUGCACCAACAUGGAGAUGGCCAUGGACAUGAUAUUGGAGGGAAGAACAAAGAACGUGUCACUUUGUUGCUCAUUGAGCCCAUUCCCCUUAAAUAG